UUUUCCCCCGCAGGGAGGAGAGGGUUUCCGUAGCUUAGAAUUUUUUCUGCACCUACCCCAAAGGUAACCUCCAAAGCACGCUCUGUUAAGUUAUUCAUUUCAUUUGCUAUGGCGGAUGAGGAACCUGUUGAUCAGAAGCAGUAUCUUGAAGAGGGUUGCAAGCCUAAAUGUGUGAAACAGCUUCGUUCUUACGAGGCAUGUGUUAAGAGGAUUGAAGGUGAUGAAAGUGGUCACAAGCAUUGCACUGGCCAAUAUUUUGACUACUGGGCUUGUAUCGAUAAAUGUGUUGCACUAACUCUAUUCUCGAAACUGAAAUAAAUGGGGAUCAAUGCUGUGUAACAUUAGCAUCAUGUCCUGCUUUUUUGAGUUCAAAAGCCAGUUGAUUGUUUCAUAAACUAUAUAUAUCCUUCUAUCUUAAACUUGAGAUAAUGCCUGCUGCGAUGCUUACGGCUUAUUUGAGAACUGGUAACAUUUUUUGUUGUGUUUU